GACGACUCAGCACAAGACACAACCACGGAGGCCUCUUGAAGAAGCAAACAGACAGGGAGAGACAUAGGCACAAGGACAAGAGACGAGGAGUCAGGGACGCGCUUGUAUGCAGAGAAGCUACACGCCUUCACGCGCAGGCAAUACAGAUUCGCCGUUUGACCUGGGCACCUACAACACACCAGACAGGCGGCCCUCGACCAGUAUGGUUACGCCGCUGCCAAACGACAAGAUGUCUAAUUCUCUGGAAGACCUCAUUCCGCUUGUCAAUAAGCUGCAAGAUUUGGUCUUCAACACGAUCGGCUCUGAUACAAUUGACUUGCCGCAGGUUGUCGUUGUAGGCAGUCAAUCAAGUGGCAAGUCCUCUGUCCUUGAAAACAUUGUGGGACGUGACUUUUUACCGCGAGGAACAGGUAUUGUGACGAGACGACCCUUGAUCCUACAACUCGUCAAUACAGCGCCGCAUAAGAGUGCUUUGUCAAAAUCACCGCGUGGAUCGGGGUCGACUGGAGCGCGUCAGGUGUCUGCGCUGCAAUCACCGUCGCCAGUAACGCCCAAUACACAAGCUGAAGGUGAUGAUGAAUGGGCGGAAUUCCUACAUCUCCCUUCGCGUCGUUUUCAAGACUUCAAUCAAGUGCGUACAGAAAUCGAGCAAGAGACAUCGCGCAUUGCUGGCCUCAAUAAGGGUAUCAAUCGACAGCCCAUUCAUCUCAAGAUCUACUCGCCGCAUGUUUUGAAUUUGACACUGGUGGACUUGCCUGGACUGACCAAGAUUCCAAUUGGUGACCAGCCUGGUGAUAUUGAGCGUCAAGUCCUGGCAUUAAUCAGGGAGUAUAUUGCAAAGCCCAAUAGCAUUAUCCUUGCUGUCUCACCAGCCAAUGUGGAUCUCGUCAACUCGGAAGGUCUGAAACUAGCACGACAAGUGGAUCCACAAGGGAAAAGAACUAUUGGUGUCUUGACAAAGCUCGAUUUGAUGGAUCACGGCACCAAUGCGCUUGACAUCCUCUCUGGCCGUGUAUAUCCACUCAAACUUGGCUUCAUUGGGUGUGUCAAUCGCAGUCAGCAAGACAUCCAAGGUGGCAAACCGCUUGCCGAUGCGCUCGGUGCAGAACGAGAGUUUUUCGGCAACCACCCAGCUUACCGCAAUAUCGGCAACAAGUGCGGUACGGCUGUGCUUGCCAAGACGUUGAAUACAAUCCUCAUGCAGCAUAUCCGCGAGAAGUUACCCGAUAUCAAGGCUCGGCUGAAUACACUGAUUGGCUCAACACAGCAUGAACUCAACACGCUCGGUGGUGAGAUGAUGGGAAAGGCACAUCGCGGCUCAACCAUCUUACAACUCAUGACCCGUUUCGCUACACGCUUUGUUGCUUCCAUUGAUGGCACCUCUUCUGAAAUCUCAACAAAGGAGUUGAGUGGUGGUGCGCGUGUCUACCACAUCUUUCAUGCAGUCUAUGGCAAUGCCCUCUCACAAAUUGACCCAACGUUCAAUUUGAGUACGGGUGAUAUUCGCACAGCGAUACGCAAUGCAACAGGUCCACGCGCCUCAUUAUUCGUCCCAGAGUUGGCAUUUGACUUGCUUGUAAAGCCACAAAUCCAAUUACUGGAACCACCGAGUCAACGAUGCGUGGAACUUGUAUAUGAGGAGCUCAUGAAGAUUUGUCAUGCUUGCGGUGGGAAUGAACUUGCACGGUACCCGAAACUACAGAUGCGAUUGAUUGAGGUGGUGUCUGAUCUCUUAAGGGAACGACUUAAGCCAACAAGUGAUUAUGUCGAGAGCCUGAUUGCCAUUCAGCGUGCGUACAUCAAUACGAACCAUCCGAACUUCCUGGGUGGUGCAGGGGCAGUAUCGACUGUAUUGCAGCAGAAGAGUGAUAAGGAGCAACAACGGCUUCGAGAGCAACAGCCACAAUUGCCUGGUAGCCAUGGGUCAGGUCUGCAAACACCACAAACGGAUCGCAUGAAGCGUGAGUCUGUGAGCAAGCAUGCAAAACCACAUGAUGCGUAUAAAUUGCGUACAGGGUCGCCUGCACCUGGUGAUGGCAACAAUGACAAUGGUCGUGAUCAGUUUGGUUCAGAGCCUUCUACGAAUGGACAUACACGGACGUCUAGUAUGGCGCAAGUAGGGACUACUGCGAAUGCCAAAGAUGGGUUUUUGACAUACUUUUUCGGCAGCAAGGAGCAUGACCCUCAACAACACACUGGUGCUCCUCAAUUACCACCGCGUGCACAGGCCAUGGACCACCAUGCAGUGGUGCAUGAUGGAUUCCGAAUGACGAGUAUGACGCGACAAGCUGAGGAUAUUGCCAGCAGCAUGUCUGCUGACAUGCAGGAACCCCAACUGACGGAUCGGGAACAAAUGGAGACGGAUUUGAUUCGAAAUUUGAUUUCUAGUUACUUCCACAUUGUCAGGGAGACGGUACAGGACCAGGUGCCCAAGGCUGUGAUGCAUUUAUUGGUGAAUCACAGCAAGAGUGCGAUUCAAAAUCGAUUGGUGGCUGAGCUGUACAAGGAGGAGUACUUUGACAUGCUGCUGUACGAGGAUGAGGGGAUUGCACAGGAGCGAGACAAGUGUGCGACGCUGCUUGGCGUGUACAGCGAGGCGAGCAAGAUCAUCCAGGAGGUGUUGUAGUCCAUCAGCCGUGUAGCUCGCUCAGUCGCGGCCAAUUUUUUGUGUUGGGACUCAACUGACACGAGCAGCCAACAGCAGCAGCAAGUAGACAACCAGAGCCACAGAGACAGG